AUGUCACGUCUCCACCCCUUCGGCGUCAGAAUGCCCACCAGACCUGACUACCCCCUCCAAACACCCAAGCCCAAGCCAUCCAACAGACGCACCGACCUCAACUACACCCCAAACGCCUAUCUAGAGCUCGUCAACGCAACCGCACCACCACUACGCAUCCACACAGUACCCUGCGACAAACCGCUCCCAUACAACCUGCAAAAAGACCUCCAAAUCCGACUGGGAUCCAUCAACUUCACAAUCUUCGAAGACAGCACCGCAACACCCCUGCAAUUGAGCCAUCCUCGCAACAGAGAAGCUUCAAGACUGCUCGCCGCAUUCAACAAGAAAUAUGCCCGAAACGUUAAGUUGGAAAUGCUCAUCCACCUCAACAAAUGCGAGUACGAGUACAUGCGUACAAUCAUGGACUGGAUCCUCCCGCUGGCACAGCGAAUGGACGAGGCGUGUGGAGGCUCCAUGGUUCCGCUGAUCAACAAUUACAAACACAACUGCCACUUCUUCGAAACAGCGUAUCUCACUAAUCCAGUAAAUACGAUGAGGAAAGCUCAAGCCGAGGGACGAGUGAGGGAGUUUGAGAGUAUGCAGAACCUGGUGGAGAGGACGGUUAUGAAGUGUCAUUUGCAUGUCACGAUGUUGUUGGAUACUUUGAUGAUGGUGGCUUUUCGAGUGGAGGCCGCGAGUGAGAAAGGCUUCAACUUUGUCUUCCCAGAGACUCAGGAUGCUCCUGAAUGUGCAGAGGCUAUUAUGAAGUACGUCUCCGCACGAGGAUGGGGAGUCUGUCUUGACGAGAAGCUCGACGAGUAUUGGAUGAUAAGAAGGAAGGUCUGGGGUUCAAUUGUGAGUAACUAUCUUCUUUCAAAUGGUAGAGCUACUGCUCUUCCUCAAGGCUAUGGCAGAGUGAAACAUAUACUGAUUUUAUAUAGACACAAAUCCACAUUGGUUAUGACUUGAUCAAGAAUAACGAAGUUGAAAGGGGAAACUUCAUACCAUGGAUGAACUCCAUGAUGAAGGCCGUGAAGGACAAUGUCACUGAGCAAGAUUUACGGGCAUGGAGAUGUCAGGAGCAGGAUAGAUUGGAAGGAUUUGAAUUUGGAUUCGACUCUAAGGCACAUAUCUUAACAGAAGAGUCAAUGACUGAGGAGGAUAACUAG